AUGAAAACCCGCCUACCACGACUGAACGAACUCAGGAGAAUACUCGCAUCGGCUGAGAAGAAGUCGCAUUCCGGUACCCGGUCGAAUGCCUCACACUUCACAGAAUCAGCUCCGCCAGGCGACAGGGAACCGAACGUCCAGGCCGUCUCGGGCGAUGGCAUAUUGUCCCAAGAAAACGACACAAGCGACAAAGAUGCAACGUGGGAGGUCGACAGCGUGGUCACAAUCGAGCUUCCUGAGCCUCCAAUCGACGUGCCUGAUGUGAAGGCUCUCACAUCGUUGAUCUGCGAGUAUGUCUGUCCUAUGAUGUCCCGACACCAGCUGUCAUUCGCCCUCGAACGGUGCUGA